ACCAAGUGGUUUUCAACUAAGUGACGUGGUUUUUAAGAUGUUUUACUUGAUUUCUUAGCAAAAUGCAAUAUACAAAUGUUUUCAAAACUUGGUUUUUAUUUUGGAGAACUUGCGUUUUUGACAUCGGCUAACGGCGUGACUAAACCAACCAUGGGUCUGGCUAAACCAUCUCAACAGCGAUGUUGAGUAACCAACAGCGCUGUCUGGCCUGGGUAGCCAAAAACAUGGUUUGGCGUUAAGUCUUCCAACAGCGAUGUUGGACAUUAGACAUCGCUGUUGAGCCAAGGUUGGAUUUCCAGAAACUUCUGGAACAGCGAUGUAGGCUCCCCUACAGCGCUGUCCAACCUAAGCCAAAAAUAUAGUGCAUUGGUAGAAAGUGUUUGGACAGCGAUGUUGACCCAGCAACAGCGCUGUCAGGCCAAAAUUUCCAUCUUCAAAGGCAGAUCUAAACAGCGAUGUUCUAGUAUGGAACAUCGAUGUAGAGACCUGACCGUUGGAAGGAAUUUAAGGCUAAAACUUUCCUUGUUUGGAAGUCAACAGCCAAAACAGCGAUGUAGGAUUUUUAGACAUCGCUGUUGGCAUGACCGUUGCUUCCCAUUUUUCAAAAUGUUAGCCUAGAACAGCGAUGUCCAAGUAUAGAACAGCGCUGUCUAGGUGAAUUUUAGCAGAUCCAAAUUUUAUCAAAUCCCACACAUUGUGCAAAUCACCCCUUAAUUACUUUGGUCCGUUGGAGCCUAUUUUUCUACUAUAAAAAGGGGUGUUUGGGUCUGUUUUACACAUCACAUCACUUCACAACUUCUACUCUUUCAUUGCAAAUCAUCCUUCAAUUUUUCAUAGCUUUUGAGAGCCAUUUUUGUGAAGCUUGUGCUGUGUUCUUGAGCGUUAUUAGUUUACUCAUUAUCCACUCUUAAAGAGAGUAUUGUUCUUGAGUGAUUUUAGUGUUCUUAGACACUUGACAAGAGAAAGUAUUUCUCUUGUUGUUCGAAGGAAGGGCUGUUUCCUUCGAAGGUUCGUUGAGGUUCGUGUGACUCGAAUUCUCAAGUUGUACGGGUUUGUUAAGCACCGUUAAGCUUAACGAGAUAGUAGUGUAGCUCGAGAGAGUCUCUCGGGAGGCUGGAUUAGCCACAAGUUGUGGUGAACCAGGGUAAAAUCGGUGUGCCUCUUACUCUUCUCUUUACUUCUUGUUUAUUCAUUUUUUUUUUCUGCGAUUUUUUGAUCAAACGCUAUUCACCCCCCUCUAGCGUUGGUCUAUUAUUCUAACACUACUAAGUACAGAUGUGGUGUUGACAUGUGGACCAUGACGAAGCAGCUGACACAGAUAAUUUUUGAUGACUUGGCUUACUCCCUGCCACCACAGAUUCUAAUAGACUCUGCAUUAGUCCGUUAAUCCGUCUCCCUUCCAUUUGGACAGUUGGAGACUGAACGCGGCCCCCCCUUCCUCGCUGGUUACUUCCGUUUCAGGAAUCGGUCCAGCUUCCUGUCCUUCGUCUCAUAAAACAGCCCGUUGUGCGUCCCUCUCUUCGAUUGAAGUCGCCCGUCUCCGAUUGAAGAUGCCUUCAUCUGGUUCCGUCUCCAGCUCGCAGAUCGAAAAAAAGACCCAACGAUUAGGGUCCCCCCAGACUAUACCUCUCUACAACUCUAUCUCAACCCCCAGGUAUUAUCUUUCUAUUUGAAGACUUCCAACAUUGGCUUUUGCUACUUUUUUUGCCUAAUUGUCUGAAUUGCAAAAUGCAAGAAUCAGGAUUGCACCAUAUUUUUGCCUUAUUUAUGAUUUAUGCAGGCCCUAUUUUAUCUGAUUGAUUCUGAGAAUACCCACGCUAUGCACUUACCAUAAGAUCUGGAAUUUCAGCUGUCACUUCUACUCUAGAACUAUGGUUGUAGGCUUCCAUAUUAGACGGUGCAGGGGCUGGGUGACUUUCUUCAUUGUUUUCUAUUGAACCCUUUUGAAAAUUUCAGGCCACAAAUCACUGUAAAGGCACACGUGAUCUGCAUUGAAGCAAAACUGCACAAAUCAUUUCUACCUGGGCAUCCCACUCAUGCUCUUAUCAUAUUAGUGGCCUCCAAAUUCCAAGGAUGAGCUGAUGUUGAGAACACCCCACUCCUUCACUUGCCCACGACUAAACGCGGCAGUGAAGCUUUUUCAAGAAUGAUAUUGAAGCUGAAGCAAUUCCAGCAUUUCUGGCUCUCACGGAGCAUGAAAAAUUUGGGCUUCUAUAGAAAUAAGUAUCACUGCUUCGGCUAUGGGGGUGCAUUCCUGGUCAACAGAUUAUGCACACUAACAGGGGUGAGUAAAGCUGACGAGCUGCCUGAGAUGAAUGAGUCUCCGGAGCUUCCAGGUUGGGUUACCUUUCCAGGUGAAAUAAAACAGGAUGUGUCUAAUUUACCCGAAGAUGAUGAUGAUUUUGUAAUACCUUCAUUAUGGGAUUGGAUUGAAAAUGAUAAGCUUCAGAUACAAGAAAUUGGUGCCGAGGGUCUGAAAAAUGUUGCUGUUAGUGAUGUUGAUAAAAUCUCCCAAACUUUGAAAAACCCGUUCCAGUCACCAGAUGAUGUCCUUCAAGCAUUAGGUGUCUGCAAUGUUGAUCUGUGUGAAGGUUUGGUUGAGAGAAUUCUCAAAAGAUUCAGCUAUGAGUGGAUAAAAGCAUAUGGAUUCUUUAAAUGGGUAAAACUGCAGUCCAACUUUAACCUCCCUCCUCAUUUGUACAAUGUAAUGAUUGACAACUUGGGGAAGACAAGGAACUUUAUUGCGAUGUGGGAAUUGGUGGAAGAAAUGAGUCUCUUAGAAGGGUACAUCACAUUGGAAACCGCCACUAUAGUCAUCAGAAGGCUUGGAAAGGCUGGUUGCUAUGAGGAUGCAGUUGAGGCAAUUCCUAGAUUGGAGCGAUUCGGAGUCCACAAGGAUACGAAACACUUUCCAUCAAUUUAUUGUUUGCCAGUGAUUUUAAUUAUUAAGCUUUCUAUUGUCGUAAAGAAAAAUAUAUUUCACACUAGGCCUCUUACCUUAAUUUGCCAUUUUUAAUGUUUUGUUUUAUGGUAAGAUGCAUCAUGGAAAAAAUAAAUAUUGGUUUUGUGUGAUUCUGUUUGGAUAACUAAAAUUUUAAUUUGUGCAAAUUUGUUCAGAUACACUAACAAUAAUUUGUAUGAUAUAAAGUAUAAACCCAUGCCAACCCAUCAAGAUUUUUAGCUGAAAUAUGGCCACUUCUUUGGCGCUUUAGUUUGCUCACUGGACCACUCAUGUGAAGAUGCUUCCGGAAAGGGGCAAUCAACAGGUCGGUGCCGCGUUUGUUGACGCCUCCCCGGGUUUGGACUAACCAAGAAUUGAAAAAAUGGGGAUUUUCAAUGCAACACUUUGAAUCGGAUCCAUUUGACUGAUUUUAAAGUGGAGAACUGCUAGAAGUUGUGAAAAUAAAAGCGAUUUGUUUUUGACAAAAUAGCCAAUAUACAGUACUUGCGUAAUCUCAAAUGAGUAGAUGUGCAUGCACCACACCAACACAUAUUUAAGCUCUGGGUGGGUUUGUCUACUCUUUGUAAAACUGUUGGAGAGUUGAAAAUGUUUAACUCAACAUUACGGUACUACUUAAAGUAGUGUACUGUUCUUUCAGUUGAAGGUUUAGGAUACCUAAAGCAGUAAAUUGUAUAGUUAGUA